AAAAUGGCAGCUUGUGAUGCAGUUUGUGUUACUAUAAAAUGGAGUGGAAAAGAAUAUUCUAUCGACAAAUUAUCGCCGACAGACACGGUCGGAUAUCUAAAAGAGGUGAUUAAGGAAAAAACCGGAGUUUUACCCGAAAGACAGAAACUGUUAGGUUUGAAAUAUAAAGGGAAAACUCCUGAUGAUGAUGUGCGCCUGAGCGCCUUAAAUUUGAAGUCUAACACAAAGAUUAUGAUGAUGGGAACAAGAGAAGAAAAAUUAGCUGAAGUGAUUUCUCCUUCCGAAGAGUUAUUGAACAAUCAAGUGAUAAAUGACUUUGACAUUGAGGAAGAAGAGAUCCAAAUAGAAAACAGAGAUGAGAAUCUUGCCAAAAUAGAUAAAAGAAUAUCAGACUAUAAAGUGGAAAUACGUAAUCCACCAAGAGCUGGAAAGAAGUUACUGGUACUUGAUGUUGAUUACACAAUAUUUGAUCACAGAUCAGUUGCAGAGACUGGUGUGGAACUUAUGAGACCAUAUCUUCAUGAUUUUCUCACUGCUGCCUAUGAGCAUUAUGACAUUGCUAUAUGGUCUGCCACUAGUAUGAAAUGGAUAGAGGCUAAAAUGAAAGAACUUGGUAUUUUUGACAAUCCAAAUUACAAGAUUUCCUUUCUUUUGGACAGUGGAGCAAUGAUUACUGUUCUGUCAACAAAAUAUGGGCUUAUUGAGACUAAGCCACUUGGUGUUAUAUGGGGAAAGUUUGAGGAAUACACAAGCAAAAACACCAUCAUGUUUGAUGAUCUCAGAAGAAACUUCCUCAUGAAUCCACAAAAUGGUUUGAAGAUCAGACCUUUUCGAGAAGCCCACAAAAAUAGACACAAAGACAGAGAACUGUUAAAAUUAACAAAGUACUUGAAGAAGAUUGCCAAACUAGAUGAUCUUAGUGAUUUAAACCACAAGCACUGGGAGAGCUACAAGCCAUGAUGAAUAAUUUUCAAUUUUGAUAUAAAUGAAGACAGUUGAUAUGAAGACAACUCCAGGAAGUCUAAAACAAGAAAAAAAAAUUCUGAUUAGCUUAAAGUUUUGUACAUAACUUUUACUUUGGAUGAAAGUUUUAAAAAUGGUGUUGUCUUUGUUCUCAACAAGCUUUGUAAUUGUACAUCAGCCACCAUGGGUAACUGGUGUUGUAAACUCCUCUGGAGGCUAACAUGUAGUUAUUUAUGCAUACCUUUUAUAGUCAACCUGAUGUUAAAUAUUGAUGGUUGUUGAUAUUAUUCCCAUCAGAGUUUAUUGGUCCAAAUAAUUCUCUCCAGAAUUUGUCAUCAGGUUUUAAAAGUAAUUGAGGCCUGGAGUUGAAAGCUCAAUUUUGCUUGUUACAUACAGGGUGUGUCUGUGGAGCUUUGCUCUCUUCAGAAAAUACAAUAACUGUCAAAUUUAUUAUUAUUAUUAUUCUAUUGUUAUUUAAUUGUUUUCUUAAAGUAAGCAAUUACUCCUAAGCCCUCUGUUUAUCAUAAGAAAUUACACAUACAUUAAUGAGUGAGUAGAAAAUAUCAUCAGGAAAAUGUCAUUCCCUACUACAUACUCUUGGUUACAUCCCUGCCUCUCUCUUGGUAACCCAAAAAAGAGGGACCAGUAUCAAGUGGUACUAGGGCACCAACAGUAAUGUUUUCAUCAAGUGCUGUAUGUGCACAAACCAUCUGUUAAAUAAUGCAAUUAAAAGACUACAAGGCAGUGGCCAAAGAUAGGUUCAAGAGAAGUAGCUACACUGAUUUGGUUCAGCAAUUGCCUGGUGACCACCAAGUUGAUAUGUUCCAAUCAAUGUAGCAGAGUGGGAAAGGGUAGUUGCCAUCAAAUGUUACAGAGAAGAAUUCCCACCUCUCACGUCCCCUUGAGAAAUUUUCUCUUUUUUAUUAAUAGCCGACCUCUGUGUGCAAGUGGAGAACUGUACUAUCACUUUUCCUUUUCUAAUAAAAUCCCACUCCUCCCAGUAAGAGGGCUCUUUUCAGUUAACAUUUCCUCCCACCCUUCCUAACAAACACUGUGUAUAUUCAGAGCAAUUUGGAAGAGGUGAUCUGUUCUUUCAAAAGAAAGGAAAUACUAAAUAUUUCAAGCAUUACACAGAUGUUUCAUUAAAAGCAGGUUAUAAGACCUCUUCCCACCUUCUGUUCAACUUUAAAGCUGGCUCUUGUGUUUGGGUUUUACCUUACAGCCCCUUUAUGAGCACAGCCUCCUAUUACGCCAUCAGCAUCCAUUAAAGGAAAAACUUUGUAAACCUCUGAUUAUACUUCAGUCUAUGCUGAAGGAGUGCUGUUAAACAAAUACCUUGUUUUGGUAUGCAUUGAAUAAUUGGCUGUAGAGUGGGAAAGAGUUGCAAAGGGGAAGGCAUAGUGAGGAGUAUGCAAGCAAUCAUUUGUAGGAAACAGUGCCACGUUAUUGAACUGCUUGCUUUCCCUGUUAAGGCUUACAUUGUUCUGCAAAUCCAAAAUGGCAGAACGGGCCAAGCAUGUUAAUAUAACUUGUACAAGUCUGUGGAGCUGACCACAGCAAAUUAUUUAAUUUAAUAGCACUGUAAGAAAACACCCAACAACACACACACUUGUCUUCUAGCUUGACUCAUUAUCUAUGGCAGUUACAUGUACA